UUUAGGCUCAUGUCGUAGCUUCUUGUGUCGGAAAUAUUUCUGUGGUUCCAUGUAGAAAUGGUUGAAAGUUUGGAUUAAUUCUUUUGAAAAAUAACCAUUCAGUUUGAACUAUAAGGAAUUUGAACUCUGAGAAGGUGUACCAACAUGGCUGAUCACAGUACACAACCACAGGCCCCCACUAAGCUUAAUCAAGUGCAAGACCAAGUAAACGAUGUCAAAGUUAUCUUGAAAGACAAUAUCAACAAAGUGCUGGAAAGAGGAGAGAGGUUAGAUGACCUAAUUGGCAAAACAGAUGAUCUGCAGGCAACUGCUGAGUCAUUUCAGAAGACAUCCACUCGAGUUGCCAGGAAAUACUGGUGGAAAAACACUAAGAUGAUCAUCAUCAUCAGUGUUAUAGUAGUGAUAAUUAUUGUGCUGAUCAUUCUUCUGGCUACUGGGGUCAUUCCCUCGUAAUGCACUAUGUUCCAGUAACUGAAAUACACCAGAAUGUACUUCAUCAUUUGACAUGGCAAAUGUGUCAUUGUGUAUAGUUAUACUGUUAACACAUAAAAAGAUCUUAGAUCUGUAAAUAGGAAAUAGGUGAGUUUUUUGUGAUAGUUGUAAUAUGACUUGCUUGUAUGUUUAACCAUUUCAAAUUGAACUUAACUCAAUUUGAUUUUACUCAUUUCAAAUACCUUUACAGGCUUAAAGUAAGGUAUUGUAUUAUAUGUAUAUAAAAUAUGAAUAUAUUUCGUGUAAUGCAUUAUCAAACUAAAAGAAUGUUGGAGACAAAAACAAACCCCAAAAUACAGUGAUAAAAAAACCCAAAUCAAUGUCAAAUUUCCACUAGAUCACUUAAACUGAAGACGGCAAAAAAAAAAAAAAAAGAAAAAGAAAAAAAAAGUACACAUAGCUCCUUACAAUGUUUGAAUGUUUUGCUUAUUGACCCUUUGAGGAACAUGUAAGUGUUAAUGUUUACCUGUUCUUCCUAAGAGACCUUUGAAUCAUCUCAAUGUCUUAAGCACCAUAAAUGUUUAUUACACAAGUUAGUCAUUCUGUUCGAUCACUGUACCUCCUAAGCAAUAAAACUGUUCCAUCUUCAAUAAAUAUUUUUAACAUCCCA